UUUUUCUCUCGCAGAUUAGGGAGGGUUUUCCAAACCUGUGUGAGUUGUUAAAGUGUUGGCAGUUUGCGCGUCUAUCGAUUAAAGUCGCUGUUGGAUGGUCUUUACCACGAAUAACGGAAUUCAUUCUCAAUCUUUAUCAUGAAGCUGGAUCAAACAAGUGAUGAGUCGUCGAAUAAGUUCCUGUCGAAGGUUUGUCGCCCAGUCACUGUGAUGCACCAAACCAUAAUUGAUAAGCUCUAUCCGUAUAGGAUAACUAGAUGGCUAUUUGCACUGCUGUUAUUUGCUAUUUACGUGCUCCGGAUAGCAUCUAUCCAGGGCUUCCAUAUCGUUAGCUAUACUCUCGCAAUAUAUUUAUUAAGUUUAUUCAUAUCAUUUAUUUCUCCAAAAGUAGAUCCUGCUGCUGCAGAUUAUUCGGAUGAAAUCCCUACACUUCCACGAACUGUAGGUGAAGAGUUCAGACCUUUUAUACCAAGAUUACUUGAAUCAAAAUUCUGGCUCUCCACCGUCCGUGCCGUUGCAAUCAGUAUAUUUUGCACAUAUCUUCCAUUCUUGGAUAUUCCAGUAUUUUGGCCGAUACUAGUAAUGUAUUUUAUAAUGUUGUUUGCUAUUAUGAUGAAGAAGCAAAUUAAGCAUAUGAUCAAAUAUCGCUACGUUCCAUUUACUUAUGGGAAACCGAGACCUGUCGGAUCAAACAAUAAGGAACAAGCAUCUCCUGUGAUUAACUCAUGACAUAUAAUUAUAAAUAAGUUGUCUUCUUAUCUCUCUAAAUCACUGUGCUUCUUAAUCUUUUGUUCAUUUUCGGUAUUUGUACAUAGUUGUUAUGAUCUUAUCUUUGCCUGUAUAUGGAGUUUUGAUUGUAUUUUUAUGCUUUAAAAGAGGAUGUUGAUUACUGAAAACUAAAUUGUCUUUGUUCUAAAUCACGUAGUUUGUAUAUUUCUUUUUGUCGUUGAAAAAUCUCUUGUUCUUUUCUUGAAUAAAUUUUAAAGCACAAAUUCAGAUAUUUUCAUUGUACAUAGGUAUGUACGGUAACUUCGGGAACUGAAAUUGUGAUAUCUUUGUUUUACACAUUUCAAGAUACUUUACUCCUAUCUUUUAAAUACCCUCUAUUUAUUGCAAUAUACUUGUUCCAUCUCUUCCUCUAUUGUUCUAAGCAUCUUUUUGCGAUCCUCAAAAGUCAAACCCUUCCAGCUAUCUCCUUUUGUUUUAUUUUCUUUACAUCGUUUUCAUUCCCCCGUUUUCACAGUCGUCUUGGAUUUCAGGAAUAAAAGCCCUAAGUCUAGUGAAUAGAGUGAUCGAAAUAUGUGAUGGGAACUUACGGUCAGUCACUGCUGAUUGUCCCGACAAGUGGCCGUAUUACUGGUGUCCAUCAGGGUCAGAUAAAUUACGAAUAUUUUUCUUAGCAUUUCACUUCCUGCUUUCCGUUCCUUGUCUUGUGACUUCAGUUUGA